AUGCGAGUCCACCCCAUCGACGUCUCAACAUUCCCAUGGAGACUCCGGACGCAGAGUCUGUGGACAACACAUCUCUUCCUGCAAGUAGCGAGAUUGUCCCAGGUGCCGACCAGCAUGAAAAAGAUUCACAGCCUCAAGUGCCUGUGAGGACUUCAUCUGUUCGUCGAGGGCGCCACGCGAAGGACCCACUUGGCAAGUCUGUCAAUAUUCAAUGCCAAAAAGUCGAGGACAUGAUCAGUCAAUUGAAGGAUUACUUAGCCCAGCCAGUUGAGCAGCCAGAGCAUACUACGGUUGUCAUGUCUUUCCCCAUGACUGCCGCCUUUUUGGUGCCGCAACGGGAAGAGAUUCCGCCUCACGAGCCAGGGAAGCGGAUCCAGCACAUCUACAGUCCAUUCAAGAAGACCGCGGUAAGCGCCAUGGAUGCACUGCAUGAGUCCAAAGAGCCAAAGGAACAGGCCGAAGUUCAACGACUGAUUUCCAAAGCCCUCGCUGAGGCGGUUCAACAAGCGGACGGAUAUCGGUACAGUUUCCACAAUAGCUGGCUGAGCCGCGAAGACAAGGCCAAUCGAUUCAGUUACUAUUGUAACGACUCGAUCUUGAACAAGGGAAGAGCAGCCAACGAAGGGGCAGCCAUGGUUCGAAACAGUGUCAAAAUCCGCAAGCAGGUCUAUGACUGCCAAGGUAACGCCUGUAUUAAGUUCUCCGUCACCAAAAUGAGCCUCGAGGUUCAUUACAAGCAUAUACCGUUGCAUAAAACCUAUGAUGAACGAGCACCGCCACCAAGAAGGGACAGCAAGAGGAGAAAAUUGAUGGAGAUCUAUCAGCCCGGGCUUCUGACCAAAGUUAGGGGUUACAAGUCCAAGACUUCCACGCCAAAGACCAAAGCAGCACCAGCUAAGAAACGACGCGCUACAGAGCCUCUGCCUCAGCCUCAGCCUCAGAGCGAGAGCGACGACGUGCAGCCACAGCCACGAGAGAGCAGCCUGCAGCCUCUGUUUGAUUUUCUUGGUUCCGCAGACCGCGUUGCUAACGAGUCGUCGCCCGAAGCCUUGAAUAAUCCACCAACAGAUACAGCCACUGAGGAGCCAUCUAUCGGAGUCGAGAAUGAUUCGUCGACGGAUGCGGCGCGAUCUAAACCCCAAAAGCAUCUCUACCCUGGGAUGAUGUCUGGAUUCAUGUCUGGCAACUCGUUGAACUGGGGUCCGCCGCCUGACAGACCGAAAAAGCGAUCUCAGCGGCGGGAGCGCCUUACUCCAGGCUCUCACGAACCCUCUGGACCUGUUCUUCCUCGGGCCGCCAUGCUGUCUUAUCUCUCUAGUCCUGCCGAACCAUUUGCUGCACCGCCUGCUGCACCACCUGCUGCACCCCAUGAGGUCCCUCCUUUUCUUGACGCGGCUUCGCAACUCGAAGCUCUUCGGGCGCAACUCGAAGCUGCGCAUUCCAGGAUACAAGAUCUGGAGAGGGAGAAGACUCAAUCUUCUUCUACUCCUAUCAGAUGGGAUACGUCUACCCAACGUCCAUCAUACCCACCAGGGAAUUAUUCUCCUGCGCAUCAGCAGCUGCAGCGGCCGCCAAACGCACCACAAGCUGGAUAUACUUUCUAUCCGCAGAUGGCUUCGGUUCAGUAUCAGUAUCCGCCCCCUCCUCCUCAAUGGCCUCAACCUGCUCCAGCCGGGGCAAGGCCCCCGCCACCCCCCGGACCUUUCCCUGCCCAUCCGCAACCUGGAUUUCCAUCGGGCCCAGCGCCUGCACCUCCUGCCGGGCCAACCAAGUCGCCUCCGACUCGCCAGACUCAAAGCCCACUAGAGGAUCAUGAUCGAAGUCAGAUGCCGGACGACGCCAUCGCCGAGACAAAUACUUCAUCGUCAGGAUAGGAAUCGAGCAGAACUCAUCUCAGCAGGCACCACAGGCCAGGUAUGAUGUUGCUCAGGCGAUUAUAUGGCUCCUGUAUUUGUGUUAGAGCGUUUUAGCGUUGCGUUAUUGAGCGACUAAGCAAUUCGAUUGCUUCUCAGCCUACCUAUAGGUACC